GUGAUACUCAGCGUCAAAAAGCACAAUCUUAUGUACACUGAUCUGUUGAGUAGCAAGAUGUUGGCUGAUAAAACACGUUAUACCAGAUGAAGCCGAGUGUGACGUAGUACAUCUAUAUAGCGCUGACAACACGUGGUUACCUGAGAGUGACAGACGACACCCACCGUCACACUGCAGACUUGGAUCUGGAUUGAAACAUACAGCCGUACGCUUUAGGGAGUUGUUUACGGGGUAUCUAUGUGUGAUUUGUAUUCAUACAUACUUGUGCCAGGUACGACAUGAAAGCGGUGUCUUCCUCUGGGGUUUCUUGUUUUUCAAAACUAUAAGUGGAGCCGGUUCCAAGCGGAUAUUGUCCCACUAUUCGCUAUUCACAGAAGGAAGAAACCAUGUUAUCACCCAUGACGCGGUUGUCCUUAGCAACCUUCUUUGCGUUUUCCUUCUGUCAAGACGAAACAACGCCUUCUCCACACAGACAGUUCGUCCCACCUCAAUUUGAUCAAAUAUGUGCACCAGUGACCUUUUCCGAGCAGAUCCCACCAAUGAAAAUUAAGUGUACCUUGACUAGAAAUGACGAACAAACAUGGAGGUUAGCUACCCUCAGGGAAUGGAUGAUGGAAACAAAAAACAAUCAAUCUGGUAAACAGUAUUCAUAUGAAAUACAGUGCGAUCGGUCAGAUUCUAGUCUGUCUUUACCAUGGCCAAUGAAAUGCCCCGGUCUGGUGGAGCUGGUUGUCAGGAACUGCAAUAUAACUGGUAUGUAUUCUGAAUACGACCGCCCAGACAUCUUUACGAUGCCUUCCCAGUUGAUCAGGGUGGAAGUAACAGACUCAACUAUGGUUAUUAAGCAUUCACGUUUCCUGGAAGUCGUCCACAGAAUUACAAACGUUUCGUCCGAUUUUGACUGUCUUCAGCAGGAAACUGUCGAAGAACUCGUAUUUAGAAACAUUUCCUAUAUGUUAGAUGAUGACAUGGAACACUGUUUGCAGAUGUUUCGUCCACCAAAGGAUAACGCAAGUAUCGUCCCGGUUGAUCCAUCUUGCAAUAUCCUGCUGCUACCACCUGAGCUACGUAAUCUUGAGGUGGAAUGCAAUUUCCAGAAACUCCGCAUCAUUGAUGAAAGUAUUAGCAACACUUUGUCCGUUUACUACCACCGAUUCUUGACAAAGUACAGCAAGUUUCCUGUUCUCGAGUUCCUUAACUAUUCCUCCAACCAUAUCAAUGUUGUUCCAGAAGAGUUGAGAGAUUGGUCAUUUUACUUCUUAUCUUUGAAGCACAUGGACCUUUCUCACAACAAAAUUGAAAAAAUAACCUUUGAAACGAAGUUCAAUUUUAGCCAUAAAAACGACACCUACAUAAAUUUGCAGUACAAUAACAUUACAUCUCUCACUCCAAUGGACCUCGAUCAUCUUCGAAAUCAACAGAAAACAUUCAUCGAUAUCCGAAACAAUCCCAUUAACUGUGGCUGCAACCUUGAAGACUUUAUUAAGGCCUUAUCGAACAAAUUACUCUUUACAGGAGACAUGAAAAAGUAUGAAUAUAUCAAAGAUAUGAAUUGUGCUCAACCAGAUCACUUAGCUGGGAGGUCCUUGGGAAGUUUGACAGUUGAAAUAUUAAACUGUGUAUUGGAACAUAAUACUUCAGUUAUACCGUUUGUAGUUCUUGCUGUGGUGGUUGUGAUUGUCCUUGGCGUCGUUGUCAUAGCAUUCAUCUAUCGUAAAGAAAUCCGGAUUCUAUUCUAUACGCGUUUUAAUAUUCUGCUGUGUGGAGAUGUGUACAAAGGUCUUGGAUCAAAACAGUUCCACGCAUUUGUCUCCUACAGCACUGAGGAUGAAGAGUGGGUUAUUGAUGUCCUAGCAAACCGUCUUGAGAAUACCGAAAGCACAAGGGAGGUAUUGUCCAGCUCGGAGCCAGGAACAACAAGGGGGAACAGGAGGUCAACGAGAUUUAACCUGUGUAUUCAUGGAAGAGAUUUUGUUCCUGGAAUACCGAUCAUAGAAAACAUUAUCAACAGUGUCCAGAAUAGCAGACACACCAUCAUUAUUUUGACACCCAAUUUUGUGCAAAGCCGAUGGGCCAUGGAAGAGUUCUUGCAAGCGUACAACCAGAGCAUCAAUGAAAGAAGACGCCAUCUGAUAAUAGUCAUUCUGGAAGAGGUGUCAGAAGACAAGAUGGAUCCGCUUUUGAGGAGGUGCCUGAAGACCUUCACAUACAUCAAAGUUUCGGAUAAACUUUUUUAUGACCGUCUCACUUACUCAUUAUCGGCUGACAAGAAACUAUCUAAUGAUGAAUUAUCAAACGAGAACAGUGUGCAAUGUAUAAGAGACUCUGUGACUUUAGACAUGCCUAACUGUUAUGACAGUGGUGUGUUUGAGGGCGAUGUGUCCAUGAAGGGUGAGACUAACUUUUCAGACAAUGGCAUCCGUUUGUGAAUGAAUGAGUACGUUUCGCCUGGAAAGGCUCCAUAUCAGAACGCUUAUGGUACACAGUUAUAAAACUUAAAACACUUCAGUGGACAUUUCACAGGUCAUCACAAAUUCUUCUUUAAUUAUACCUGAUUCAUCACUUUUAAACUCCUCUAGUUUGCAUGUCCAUUCUAAUUAUAAUAAUAUUGUUUUUUGGCCUCUACUGGUUUCUUUCAACAAUUUUUAGUUAACUCAGAUUUUCUGGAGAGAAACAUAGAUCUACAAACUAUCUGAGGCAGUGUAAUUAUUACUAGCCACGCCCCGUCCGAGAAACAUGGAGUAUGUGGAAUCCCCAAAUGGUGCACUCUAGGUGUUCCUAGGUGGUUGUGUGUAUACCUACAAUCGAGGUAAAGGCACCCACUGCAGGUGCGUCUUCAGAACCUUCAGAUGACAUUGUACAUUGGCGAAUACGUCCGUAACACUUCGGAACAUUACCAUCCGCCUAUUGACUCACUUUACCCACGAGAACAAGAUGGGAACGAUGAAGGUCGGUAUAAGUCUUCAAAUGGCAUUUGAAAGUGAUGCACAUGAGAGGGAGAAUUUGUGGAGGUCAUCUUCUAUAUUAUGAGGAACACAACGUUUCGGAGUAUAUACUUACUCCUUGGUCUGUUGAAUCAUUUGACAGUUGACAUUCAUAAAUUGUCUUUCUAACACCGAUAUAGUAUAUGAAUAACAUUGAGAUCAACCAACGAUAUCUUGAAAAAGUACUACCAAUGACGCGGAUGUACAGAGAGUGAGUGAGUCGGUUGGGUUUAACACCGCUUUUAACAGUAUUCCAGUUAUAUAACGGCGUGUCAGCUUAAUGUGGGAGGAAAGCCCGAAGUGAUGCAGGUCUUAGACGU